AUGCCCCCAAGGAAUAAAGCCAAGCGGCCCCUACUUCCGGCGGCGGAGAAGACGAUAUCAAAAAAGGGUACCGAGCCGGUGGGGCACUCGUCUCGAACAAGACGCAGGCUUGAGGCACUGGCGCAUGUGUUUCAGGCGACCCCAGUGCUUCCUCAGGACUCCACUCAGAGCGCCGCCACUCCGGAGACGAGGGGGAAGUCCAACUUUACCUUGGGGAUUGAUAUACGAGGUCGUCUUGCGAUGCUGGGACACGCCAUGCUCCUUCUGGCACACCUCCAACGCGCACAACAGGGAGCGCUGCUGCCGCGAAACCCCCUUUCCAUCUCCCAUCCCAGUAUUAGGGUCAACCGACGCUGGCUGGAGGCCGUCACGGCGUACUCCGGGACAACUGUGACAGUGGACGACGUCGCCAGGGUGGCUACGGUCUUCCCGAAUUGGGUCCGCGCCACUUGGGGAGUGGGGGAGACGCCUUGGGGAGAGCGCGGGGUAGGGAAUGGUCGAGGCCUCCGCCCGCUGUCGGACGGGGCAGAGCUGCCACCCCAGGCCUCCACAGUGGGCGGCACGAGAAUAGAGGGUGUGAAGGGGGCGGCGUUGGCCACAGAGGAGCUCACCGUGCGGCUUCACAUCCUGACCUCUCAUGUCCCGUCCACCGAGGAGGCGGGUGAGGAGCUCCAGCGGUUGCUUCAGGAGAAGCAUGGAUCCAAAUCGGAGGCGUGGCUGGACGGGAUCGUUCAACGUCGGGCCCUGGACGCGUACAGGGAGCAGCAGACUGUGGAGAGCCCUGGCGGCCCCAUCCUAAGCACUCAGGAGCCUCUCAGUAGAGCACCAAGGGAGCUCCUUGAAGGGAAAGGGAAGUUGGCGUCUCCCAUAGCUGCCCCGGAUCGCGGUGUGGAAGGGCCCCAGGCGCCUCCUUCACCCUCCGCAGACGUCCGAUCGCAAUCCUUGGCUUCUUCACCGGGUGAACCCCCACAUGAUGAUGAAGGCGAAGACAAUGCGGCAUUGCUUGCUAUGCUCUCUCCACAGCUGAAAGUCUCUCUUUCUGCAGCAAAAUUAAAACAGGUGCUGCGAUUCAUGAAGAAAGAAGCCUCAAAUACGGCAGCCGAAGAGCUUGCCCGGAUCGAGAGGAAACAGGAGGAGGAGCGCUUGCUCAACACCUAUGCGCACGUGCGAUCUUUGUUUGGUUUGGAAAAGACAGAAAUGAACGCCGCACGGCUCCUCGAACACUUAGCGGUGGAGAGUCUGUUUGAAGACCAUCGCCGCAUCCUCCCGCAGCUAUCCCUACUUUUGAAUCGUAGCGGCUUCGGGCUAAGCGCGAUGACGCUAUCUCAGGAUGAGGAUGGUGUGGUGAACAGUCCUACUACUGAGGGUCCGGUCGCUCCGCUGAAAAAGGUAAAUGACUUGUCGACACUUACUGCAGAGGAAUUGGAAAACACUUUGGUGCUCCUUGAUCGUACUAAAGCUUCCCUAAAGACAUUAUAA